AUAUCAUUCGUAUUUUUGUGCUCCUAACAGUCUACCAAUAAUGUCAUCAUCUACUGCAUCUGUGAACGGGCCUAGACGUCAGAUAAGUGAACGCGGAAAAGAGAUAAUAUAUCAGUUGCUGACAGCUAGGAGGAGGAUUCAACAGUUAACAACUUAUAUAAAUAACCUUCGUAUGAUAUACAAUAUGAGUGAUGAGCACAAAACCGCUAUGUAUCAAGCUGAACAAGAACGACAUAACGUGAUUGAUCAAGAGCAGAGAAUGGAAGUCAUACUAGCCAACCAAUUUGACUUGAGUGGUGCAAUAAUAAGAGAUAAUAUGGCUCUCCAGUCUUUGAUACCCGAG